AUGGAAGUACUAGUUAGUCAAAAAAUCAAUUGUGAGUUGAAAUUCUCAUACAUUGAAAUCUACAACGAACAAGUCAAUGAUCUUUUGAACAAAGAAACCGACGUCAAGUGCAAAGUACGCGAGCAUCCCCAGACAGGUCCAUAUGUGGAGAAUGUGAAGGAGCAUAUAGUUGUUGAGUAUACACAAUUUAUUAAGCUACUAGAAUUUGGAAGCAACAAGCGGAAAACGGCAAGCACUUUGAUGAAUGACGUUAGUUCGCGAUCACACGCUGUGAUCACGCUUACUUUGAAGCAGACAAAAUUUGAAAGCCAAAACAAUGGCGAUUUCGGCGAUGCUAGUGAGGAGAUGGUUUCCAGUAUAAAACUUGUUGAUCUCGCUGGUUCAGAGAGGAUGAAGAAGACCCAGAUUUACGGUCAAACAGAAAGGGUGAAGGAAGGCACAUUGAUCAACAAGUCAUUAACGGUAUUGGGUAGAUGUAUUUAUGCAUUAGCAACAACCAAACCCAAGAGUUCCAUAGUUGUGCCAUACCGAGAUUCGGUCUUGACCUAUAUAUUGAAAGAAAAUUUGGCAGGCAAUUCUAAAACAUGUAUGUUGUUUUGUGUAUCACCCCUUGACUAUGAGGAGACGAGUCAAACGUUAAACUAUGCCAACGAAGUGAAGAAGAUCACGACACUGGCAAUAGCAAACAAAACCAAACUUUCAACAGUACCCAUCAAUUGGGAGGAAUUACAACAUUCGGAGCAGAACAUUGUUUGCGCACUUAAGAAGGAUAUAGAUAAACUUACACAAAAAUUGGCGAAUUUAGAGCUUGAAAAGCAUGCAAAAUCCAAUUCUCAGCAGGAUCCGCCGCAAAAAUUUGAGCGGUUAUUGGAAUAUUUGGAUAGACGCUCGCUGAAGCUUGAAUUUGAAAACAAGUACUUGAAGCUGGUACUUGCAGAGAAAAACAACCAUAUCUUGGAGUUGAGCAAACAUAUUGAUUACUUGCAUAGGGAUUACGAGAAUCUCUAUUUGUCCUAUAAACGCUCCCAGAUGUUCAAUGUAGAAAAACUGCGAUUGCAGUUGAUGAAAGAGGUGGAAACAUGUUGUAAGAGUAUAAACAAAGACCUUGAUUUAUUUGACCCUAGUCGGUUUUAG